ACGUGCCGUAGAGAUUGUACCUUUUUCUUGAUAUGGUUUUCUCCUCCCAAGUUUUCUGUUUCAUCAGCUGCACUCCUCUGUAAAAGCUCCACCAGAGAUGUUGCUAACUCAACGGCAGCUCCUCCCCUUCUCCUCCGCAAACUUCCUCCUCCCCUCACACUCUCCAUUUCCAUUUCGCCGUUCAAUCAAUUUUCCCUCGACACCCACCAAUUGGUAUUCCCGCUGCUCCGCCCACAAACCAUGGAUUGCCGAACUAUCUCAAGAACUCACCACCGCCGCCAUUACAGAUGAAUCGCCGCCGGAGGAGGGCCCCGUCGAGCUCCCUUCUAUCCCGCCAAUUUUCGCCACUGACGAUGACCCCACGCCUCUCCAAACUGCCACCAGCGUUCUCCUCACCGGUGCCGUCGGCCUAUUUCUCUUUCGCUCCCUCCGCCGCCGCGCUAAGCGUGCCAAAGAAAUGAAAUUUAGGUCAUCUGGGGUAAAGAAAUCGCUGACUGAGGAAGCUAUGGAUAGCCUGAAAUCGGUGACUUUAUUGCCGGAUAAUUCCAAGUCGUCCACUUCACCUUUUCAGGCGUUUCUUGGUGCAUUUUCAGCUGGUGUGAUUGCACUAAUCCUCUACAAAUUUACAACCACCGUCGAAGCUUCUCUGAAUCGCCAAACAAUUCCGGAUAACUACUCAGUUCGACAGAUUACUAUAACCAUAAGGACAAUCAUCAAUGGAAUAUGUUACCUUGCUACAUUUGUUUUUGGCAUCAAUUCUCUAGGGUUACUUCUUUACUCCGGUCAGCUCGCCUUUAACUCCUUUAUGGAAGAUUCCAGUAGUGACAGCGAAGAUUCAUCGGAUCCGGAUAGUUCCGGAACAACCAGCACAAGUGAGGAUCAAGGUUCCAGUGACGUAUAGUAAUAAUGGAUAAAAGAGAAGUGCCGAAUUUUAGUACUCUUUUUGACAAGAUUAUUAUGAACAUGCAAUCUGUACUACGAUACGAUGUAAAUCCAUGUAUGAUUGAGUUACCGGAAUUGGUUAUCAAAAAAGGAAGGCUUCUCGGCAUUUUAUUCAUUA